CGCGCAGUAGCUGGAUAGUUGUUGUGCGCGGGACGUACGGAAAAGUAUCGGGGUUCGAACGGAGAAGAAACCAAAAUCCCGAGACACGAAAAAGUGUAAACAAUGGAUGAUGACUUCACUAUUUCCCUCACACCCCCAUACCUCACUGAAAGCUUAGAGAUGGCUAUGGAAGUGGAAAAGGAGAACUCCAGCCCCCCUUGUUUUUCCUGUGCUUUAGACAAUCGAGAUGGAGGGAGAAACUUUUCUGUAGAGUCUCAUCUAGCAAGUGGGUCUCUUAAGAGGCUUUUGCUGAGACUGGAUCCUUCUCCAACUGACUAUGAAGAAGAUACAGUGGAAAUAUUUGGCUUUCAUUGGGUUACUGAAAUUGCGUUAGUUGAGUCCUGUAGACUUCUCUUUGGUUUACUUAGGCAACACAUACACAAAUUGGAAAACCUAGUACAGAUGAGUUCAUCAGACUUUGGUCAGGCUGCAAAUCUACACUCUGAAGCAGGCAACAUCAGACAUCAGUGUAUUGCAUUUCUGCAUUAUGUGAAGGUGUUCAUCUUCAGAUACCUGGAAUCACACAAAACAGAGGAUGACGGGCUACUUCAUCCAUAUGAAGAACUGGAAGUCCAGCUCCCUUCAGUGCUGGUUGAGGAGCUUCAUGCCUUGACCUUACAUAUUGGACAUCUGUAUGAACUCCCAAGUAGUAUCCUGGGAGCAUUUACCAUUCAACAUCAGGCAAAGCUGUUUCCUCCAUCGUGGCAUUUACUGCAUCUCCACUUGGAUAUCCAUUGGCUAGUGCUGGAAAUUCUUCAUGUCCUAGGCGAGAAGAUGCUGCGACAAAUUGUGUACGCUCACCAAUUCAUGAACCUAACCGGAGAAAAUUUAACCAAUAUCAGUUUAUUUGAAGCACACUGUGGAAACCUCUUCUGUGAUUUGAUAAGCUUGUCAAUCAACAAAUAUACCAAGGUUAGACCAUCGGAGGCUCUAACUAGUCACCACUACCCCUGUAGCUGCAUUAAGGAAUUAUGGGUUCUGCUUAUUCAUCUGUUGGACCACAGAAAUAAAGGGUCUCAUACAGAGUCUUUUUGGAGCUGGGUGAAUAAACUACUAAAGAAGGUCUUUGAAAGACCCAGUACUGCAGAAGGGAUGUCUGUUUCUGAGCCAGUGCAGUGCAAAGAUCCAUUAAGUUUUAGCUGGUGGAUUAUUACUCAUCUGGCAUCACUUUACCAGUUUGACCGUAACGGAAAUGUAGAGGAAAAGAAACAAGUAGAAUCCAAUUGGAAUUUUGUGGAAGAACUGCUGAAAAGGUCCACUGAUGCUCAAGCUGCUGUAUUAGAGGAACAGAUACGAAUGCAUCUUCAGUGCUGUUUGACUCUGUGUAGCUUCUGGGACUUGAAUCUACCUACUGUCACCAUACUCUGGGAGUAUUACAGCAAGAAUCUGAAUAGUUCCUUCACCAUUCCGUGGCUUGGUCUGAAGGGUCUAGCAAGUGUUAGUAAAACUCCUUUGUCUAUGCUUGAAUUGGUGAAAAACUGCUGUUCUGACCAGCAGAGCCCUGACCUGUAUAAGUCCAGCAACAGUUACCUAAUUUUUCUCUGUAUUUUGGCACAAACGAUGAAAGAAGCAAUGGAGAGCAAUGUAACCCAUCCUUGGAAACAAAUUAAAGGAAGAAUUUAUUCCAAGUUCCAUCAGAAAAGAAUGCGAGAGCUGACAGAGGUGGGGCUGCAGAACUUCUUUAAUCUUUUCCUUGUGUUAGCGGCUGUUGCAGAGACAGAGGACAUUGCAAGCCGGGUGUUGGAUCUCCUGGAUUUUCUUAGCCCAACCUCCACCAGCACGUCUCAGAGAGCUCUAAUUUGGAGAGGCUACUUUGCCUUCCUUUUGAUGUAUAUUGAGAAGAACAUGGACAUCAGCGUUCUAGCUGAGAAACUUUCACAUGCUUUCUGUGAAAAGGCAAAGGAGUUUUUAGUCACCAAGAAUGAUCACACACACAAACAAAAUCUCUGGACACCACUCUCCACUUACAUUGAUGGUGUUCAAGAAGUGUUUGAGACCAGCUGCUACUUGAACCUUUCCCAGGAAAAGUUGUUGAAUGAUGGAUUUAGUAUGCUGCUCCCGGCUUGUCGAGGAACUGAACUCAACAUGGUCCUAAACUUCCUGCAGGUGGUUCUGUCCAGGCUCAGGAGUGUGCACAAACGUAUGAUCCAGGGACCUCAGCUAGGGAAAACGGGCCCAAACACACAACUUCCAUUAGUGGCUAAAGAGCACCACCUUGCUGUUGCCAGUGCUCUCUGGAGAAAUUUUUUCCCCUUCUUGAAGAGCCAAAGGAUGUCACAGACACUGCCUCCUCCACAGCUUGCAGAUACAGCUGCAGGUUUUACUCUGUUAGCUUUGGACAUGCCCUGUACAGCUCCAUCAGAUCUCCAGCCACAGCCUGUUUUAGCAAUGAUGCAAUUGUUUGGAUGGGAUGAUAUGGUGUGUCCCCAGCUGGUAUCAAGAUAUCUCAGUCAUCUAAUACAAAACAGCACAUUGUCUGAAGCUUUUUCUGGUAUGGGACAUACAUCCUAUGAAGCCUUGUCAGUACGUUCUUGGUUUCGAUGCAUUUUACAAAUGUACAUUGAUCAGCCUACUGGUACAUUGACCAGGACAGAUGUUGAGCGAACAGUUGGGAAAGUUUACAUGGAGCAGCUGACUGAAAUGACAAGGUUGGUUUUUAAACUCUCAGAAAUAGAAAACAUCUUCUCAAAGGCACAUUUUGAUGAGUCAAUCUUCAAGCAAGACCCUAAGAAUGCUCUUGUCCAAUUCAUUAAGGCUGUUGGUGUAACUUACAGCGGCCUUCAGACUGUAGCUGAGAAAUCUGCCAUGGUAACAAAGACUUUAGACUAUCUAGGUGACGUGGUAAAAUAUGUAAAACCUUAUUUGCAGAAGAAAGGACCUGCUGAAGGCCUGCAGCUCACUUACUCGAUUAUAGGAGGCCUUGUAAAGUUCUGGGCACCAAUACUGGCAACUUCCAAAGCACAACAGCUUUUGUUCCGCAUCAUAGAUAGCUUGCUAUUGCCACUUGUCGUGUUUCAGCAAGACAAAGAGCUGCCUGCCGUUAUGCUGUCUGCCAUUCGGGAAAAUCUUCCUCUUUAUCUUCAGGGCUUGUCCUUUAUAUGCUGUCAGUCCCAAACUCAAGGUGCCUAUUUGAACCAACUGCUAGGAAGCGUUAUUCAGCAGUAUUUUGGGCGCUUUCUCCCUCCUUCACCAUCUUCUCCCGGAACUGGACAGCAUCCCAUGCUGCUAGCAUUAUGCAAUUCUAUUACCAUCCCACAGAACUUACAUCUGCGGAAGACCACUGCGCAUGUCAUAAAGGAAAACUACCUCCAGUUCAAAGGUAACGCCCCUCCUCCUCGCCUGGCCUCAGUUCUGGCUUUCAUCCUUCAAGUAUUUCAAAGAACCAAGAGCACUGAAGUAUGUGACAUUGAGUUGCUUCUUCCUGCUGUGUUGAAAUGCAUGGUAUUAGUUAAUGAAACACAAGUUAAGAAACUAUCUAGCGAGAUUCUGCAGUAUAUGGUAGAAGGCUGCCAAGCAGGGUUGGGAAGAGAACCUGCCACCCAACUGACUUCUGUGUUUAGGCAAUUUAUCCAGGACUAUACCACAGUAUAUGAUCAUCAGGUUUACAGCAUCCUGGAAGUAGUGGCAGUCUUGGAUCAGCCCCUAGUUAUCAGUCUGAUUCCAACAAUCACACAGUCCCUGAAGGAUUCAGAGCACAAACAAGGGCUUGGCAGAAACACUGCACAAAGAGAAGCCUACAAAAAACUGUUAUCUCGCCUUACAGCAACUGGUCAAAAUGAGAUACUAAAACUGGAAAAUGAGACAAGUUAACGAUGUAUUGGUGAUUAAUUCUUUCCCCCUGAAAUGUUUGCACUUUGUUACUGCCUGUACUGUUAUUGUAAUGCACUAUCAAAGUUGUUUUUCUUUACAGAUAGAAUCUAUUUAAUGCUUUUAAAAAGUUAAGCUGUUUUUCCAAUAGCAUUGGUAGCGUUUGACUAUUGCCAGAAAUAUGAAGAGUAAUUCAAAUAUUUUGUCUUUCAGUUGAUGACUGAAAGAUAUUGCAAAUUCAUUAAAUAUUAGAAACAUCCAUCUAAAAUUCACAAGAAGACACAAGACAAUGUGUGGGAUUUUCAGUAGAGCCUAAGUGACUUAGCGCAAGUCCCAUUGACGUGUGUUUUGAACAAAAUUUUAAUUUCUAAAUUUUUAAUGGGAAAGUGUUUUGUAGAUCAGAAAUAAGUGUGAUGUGUAGAACUCUGGGGGUCAGGCAGCAGGCUUUCAUACUGAGCACACAAAGGCACUUCACGUCCGUAUGCUGAGCUCAGUGAAUGCAAUGUCUUCACCAAAAGCUGGGUCAGGGUUAGGCUAUCUUACGUUAAUAGAAAGGCUUAUGUAUGUGUUACACAGAAUAGAGACAGGUGUCCUAACCUUGCUCUUGUAUUGAAACCUUUCAGGUCUUUCAGGUUCCUCAUCUGUGUUGUCCAGGGGGGGGGGGGGGGGGAGCAAGCAAGCAAGUCUCAGGUUCUUGAAUAUCAAGGAGAUCUCCCAUUCUGACUGAAGGGGUAAUUUCCUAUUCUCCCUCUUAUCCUGGAUUUAAAACGAACUAAAUUAAAAAUCUAGUUAAAUCCACAAAAUUUUAUGUGAAUUUCAUUAGCUAGUUUAACUUAGACGAAGGAUAAAGGGAGAGAGCGAGAAGGCUGAUGCACUUAGAAAAACCGAUUUCAAAAUCUUUAGUUAGUUCAGACUGUGUUAAACAUUGGGUGAGUCUGGCUAGAUGGAUUUCUCAAACAUCUCACUGUGUCCUUGACCCUUUCUCUAGUCCAGCAUAACUUUUCUCUAAAUAAAAUAAAAGUUCCUUAACUUUAAUUUAAGAUUCUGUAGAAUUCACAUCUUUCACUUAACUCAUUAACAUGAGUUCCUAAGAGUUAUUCCUGUGGCAUGGGAAGUGGCAUGUGUGUACCUUCUGACAACACCAUUGAAUUGGUUAUCUAUUUUUAAAGUUAUUCAGCCUUAACUUUACAGAGUUAAUGGGGGAGGAGGAGAGACUAUUUUUGUGUAACAACUACAGCUUCAGAAAUGUCCCUACAAUCUUGUUCAGAGCAGCAUCUGUUUUGUUACAGUGCUCCUAUCAAGUAGAAACAGAUAAUCUUUUCCCUAAAUCAGCUAUUGUUACGUCAGAUAAUGUAGUAACUAAAAGCCUCUUUAGGCUACUUAAUAGUGCAGAACAUGGAGGUUCUUUUCAUUAUGAAAGUGACUUAUUGAACUUGUGUUGUAAGCUUCUGCACCUGGAAGGAGUCUUAUUCAUCUCAAGAGGCUUGUGCUUCUAAAAAGCUUUUUUUUUUUUUCCCUUCAAGAAAACUCUCCAAAUGAGAUUAAUAGAGAUGCCUUCGAAAUCUGAGUUUUAUCACACAGUAGGUAGCAGAACAGAUGUCUUACUGUAGUAUUACUUCCUGAAAGUAAACCCUUUGACUUUUAAAGAAUAGGUAGAGUAGGUAUUGUAACAAAUUAUUUAAUGGUGUGCUCAGUGAGGUUUUUAAAGGUAGAGUGGAUACUGUCUGUAAAGGUUCUAAAAAAGCAACAAUGCUUUAUGAAAAUGUGACAUAGCUCUUGGUGCAUGAGACACUAAUUUAAACAGUUUGGAAACUAUUGUUCUUUUCUGUCAAAAAGUGAAUGCAAACAGAAAUAAAGCAUUUUACAUGA